UCUAUGACUUUUAAUAAAUACUGUGCUGCACUGUGUUGAGAGCUCCUAAAAUAUUUUUCGGAGAAAUUAAGUACUCAAAAGAAAAGUUUCAAAAUCCAGCGUGAAAAAUAUCUAUGAAAAAUACUGUAUGCGAGCAUAUCCCUCAAGUGGCUUACUUUCGUACGUGAUUGUGCGUGUUUAAGUGCGUGCUAAUCCUACUGCGUUUUGAAGCGCUCGCGUUGUUGCGCUCACGAGCAGAUGCGCAUGCACUUGUGUUGUUUAUUCACUUGAAUACUGUUUGCUGUUCGCUGACUGCUAAUCAACAUCUCUCUGCCUUUUGCUGUUUCGCUGCACAUAUCGCUAUUUCUUCGGCAUCUGAGGCAAGCGUGAGACGAGUGUGUGUGGCUGUGUGUGUGUGGAUUAGGCUGCUGCCGCUGCUGCUGUAACGAGACGCGCCUAUAAAGUGAAGUAUGAAGCACAGCCGUGAAUCUGAGCAAACAUGAAUGCCUACCAUACAUCUUUAGACAAAACAAACUUAAAUUAAAAAUCAAAAUUGAAAAAAUACUUUAGUUGGCUAGUGAAACGCAUACAUACGAAUAUACUUAACGACAUUCUUAUCAUUGGUGAUGCGUCGAAAAGUGGAGCGACACAGCAGCGCACUGCAGCCAACGGCUACAGCGACGGCUACGGCAACAGUGAUGGCUGUAACAAAAAUACCAAAACCCCACAAAAGCCAAAAUUCCUCAACGGCGGCCACAAGAAUAAUGCGAACGCUCAGUUGGCCACUUUCAAUGGCAAAAAUGCAGCACAGUGGGCCGACAUGCACAGUAAGGUGGCUGGGAUUGUUGACGCUGCAGCUGCUAUUGCUGGCCACACGUAAUAUUGAGUGUCUGCAGGACGAAUUCGCACAUCCCUCCAUUUCACAAAUAUCUCCGAAAUCUAGCAAUCAAGUAAUAGCCGACGGCUUGUCUUUGCACACCACAUCGAACCUGAGGAUCGAGAGCACAAUUGCAGACACAUCCAUGGCCGAUCAUAUACUACCGAUUGAUGAGGUCCCGCUGAGUCACGAAGAUAACGAAACACGCCAACAUAUACGCAUAGAACGAUCCGCCUUGCCCAUACUGAAUGACAAUUACCCAAAAUCUGGUCCCAAUGAUGUGCAUUUUCCUAGUGAUACAGAGAAGGAAGCUGGUGCUGGACGCUACUUUCAAUACAACAUCAAACCGACGGUCACACUGAACGACGCAAGCUCUGAGGCACCGGAACGCACACAACGCGUUCGUGCAGGCAAAACAUUUAAGCCAACAUUUAGUGGCAUUGCAGUGCCGUCUAUGGCAGCUACAGCUUCAGCUUCAGCAUCGGAUUCUUUUUUAGUGAAAGGGGACCUACGACCGCUUAUGUCGGGGUCCCCGAUCAAUCCGACGCGCAGUAUUGCUACCUCGACGGCGGCCACUGCCACGGCAUUGUCACAUAAUCCGCGUCAAAACUCUAACCCCGAUAUACAAGAUAUCAUAACGGGCAUCGUGAAGCUGUUGAAUGGCAAUGUGAACGUUCAUGCAAAUACACAGGGCCAUCGACGUCCGUCAGCUAGUCGCAUCAAUAACCGCGGACCGCCACGUAUCUCUGAUGUGCAGACGUUACCGAUCGAUUACGAUACGCAAAAGAAACCAUUGGGUUCGUCCAAUCGCCCACCACCUUAUACUGGACUAUUUGAUCGUCCCGAGCGGCCGUUUAUUACAGGUGUGCCAAUACCGGAACAAAUUGUGCCUUUACGACCGGGUUUCAUUAGUCAACGGCCGCCGUGGCAUAGACCCAAACCACGUCCUCCGAUUACUACAGCUAUAGGUGGCAGACGCCCCAUACCGCAGUACAAGCCGCUGCCGACUUCACAAUUGGCACCGCCGGCUGCGGAAGAAUCUCCAAUCCCUGCUAAAGAAACACCAGAGGCGCCGACAUUACAACAUUCUGCAGAAACUGAAAUAUCUGUACCGCCGGACUACAAUGAUGCAAACGCAGACAUGCCCAAGCCAACCGACGCCUCCUAUGAUUCUGAAUUUUCAAAUGAAGAUACCAAUUCACAAUAUAUUGAGGUGUCCGAUCAAGACUCUAAUGAAACUGCCGAUGCAGCGCCUAUGACGGUGGAGAGUGCAGAAUUGGAAGAGGAAGAAUCCGCGCCCACACAGGCUUCACCGCCACCUAUGAAGAAAGAUGAAUACAGCAACAAGAAGAAACCCACGAAGCAUAAGACGGCCGACAAGAAGAAACCAACUCAAGGCGUUCUUACGGCACAAAUCGAGGCAAGCUCUGUUGCAAACACUGAAAUGCAAAUGUCUUCAACUUACGCACCUAUGCCCAUGGAGAAUAUCGAGGGUCUUGGUCUUGAUCCAUCUACCGAAGAGGUCAUUUUCAUGACGCCGAGUAAGACGCCUGUACUCGAGAGCACCUCCAAACAGGCUGAUGCCGCUUUAUCUAAUAUAUUAACCACACAGAACUCAAUAGCAACGGCUGCAUUACCAGACACAGUUACGAGCUCAAUUGAGUUGAGCUCAGCGAGUAGCACUGAACUGCUGGCAACUAUUGCACCCGCUCCAACUAAUAUCACUCCCAUACCUUCCACUACCACUACCACCACCACCACCAAAAUUUUUACUACCACUACAACCAAUUCUAUGUCCGUCGCUACGACAGCAGCGACGUCCACUGCUAACACCAUCCCUACGCCAUUACCACAACCACCAAACGACUACCAACCACGUCCAGGUAUUGUACUUGAUGACCCUGAAUUCAAACCAGGUGGAAGACCCCGACCCCCACGACCUCAACAAUCCCGUCCUUUAGAUCCGCAACAGAUGCCGCCAACCCAUAUUCAACCCACACGACAACAUUUGCCUCCGGGCUAUGGCGAAAUCUUUGAUGUUACACUCUCGGCUAUACAAGGACCAGGGUCUGUGGGCGGUUCACAGCAAACGAUCAACAUCAAACCGUAUGGCUCCUAUGGUAGCGGUGGUGGUCAUCAAGGCGACAUCAUAGUGUCUGCGGCAGAUUCGCCCAUUGGAGUACCCACAACGCCAGCAACGGCCAUACCACAAUUACCUGGUGGCGGAGUGACACAUUUACCUGGAACUGGUAGUGGUAGCGGUAGCGGAAGCGGAAGCAGUGGAAAUGGUAGCGGCGGUGGUAAUAAUGCAGCUACUCAAAACACUCUACCCAGCCUGGGGUCGGGAUAUGGUAUACCGGAGACGGAGGUUGUGGAUUUAGAACCGACGAAAUCGAACAGCGUGAAAACGCAAUCGCCCACCACUAAUGCUGGACCAACGCGACCGAUUUAUCGAUCACGACCGACGCAACCGCCAGUGCGUAUAGACACUUGCAUCGUGGGCGAUGACUCAACUUGUGACCAAGCGCAACAUGAACGCUGUAAAACAGAGAAUGGAGUCUCGAGUUGUCACUGUCGACCGGGUUACUCGCGCCGCAAGCAUCGGGAACCGUGUAGAAAAGUUAUAUCCUUUUACCUGGGCAUGCGCGUCGAUCGUAUUUAUGAGCAUCGCAUUGUGUGGGAUAAUAAAUUGUUGGAUAAGCAUAGUGAGCCCUACGGACAGCUGAGCUACGAGUCGAUACGCGCAAUCGACUCCGCCAUGUCGAUGACACCCUACUCGGAUGAGUUUAUGGAAGCGCGCGUCAACAAUAUCUACCGUGGCGACCCAAAUUUCGGUGGCAGCGGUGUGUAUGUGAACAUGACGAUUAAACUCGAUGAAAGUGUUGAAACGCUUCGUCCCAACUUGCGCGCUGAUGUACAAAAACACUUGCUUGGUGUGCUCCACCGGCGCAACAAUAACAUUGGCAACUCUGUACUCUAUGUGACGUCACCGGAAAGCGCCAUAACUGCCUUGCAUGAUCUGGACGAAUGCCAGUCGCGCGAGUUGAAUGAUUGCCAUGCGAGUGCCACCUGUUCGAAUUCAUGGGGUAGUUUUCGUUGCGCCUGCGAGACGGGCAUGCGUGAUCCAUGGGCCGAUCAACCACAGCGCGCCGGUCGUGACUGUCAAUCGUGUCCAGACUCGUACUGCAAUAAUCGUGGCACUUGCAGCUAUAACGAAGAAGGAAAUCAGGUUUGCUCUUGCGAUUCUAGCCACUAUGGUGGCCAAUGUGAAAUCGAUGGCGAAGUGCUGGGUGUGGCCAUUGGUGCCUCCUUAGCUGCUGUUGUUAUCAUUGUAUUGACUUUGGUUUGUCUGAUAAUGUGGUCGCGUCGUUGGCAACGCGAACAGAAAAAUGCCAUAGGUUCGCCGGUGUUUGGAUACAUGAAUACGGCACCAAUGAAAUCGGCCGGUUUGCCGGGACAACCGGGCUAUCAAGUGACUUUGGAAGAUCGCAUGCGCUGGGCGCAGAUUGCUGAUGUAAUGGCACAGACAAACCAUUACGGGGCUGAACCAGUGGGACCCACACGUCCGUCAUCGGCAAUGUUCGCUUAUCCAAAUCUACAGACAAUGGGUAUAGGCACCCUUGGCGGCAUGUCGAUGCAGAGCACCAUGCAGAUGCAUCAGUCUGGCAGUAUGGCACCACCGGUUCCUCUGCCACGAAGACUGGGGUUGAGUUCACGAUCGAACGGCAUGCGAACGCUGGAGAAUUCCAGCUCGAGCGAAGAGGAGGAUCGAACCGAUCUGCUCGGACGUAAUUUUCAAGUACCACGACCAAAGAGUAGAAGCAAUGGCAGCAUAGCGAAUCAAUCGGGCAUCUACUAUGAUGUAGAUUAUGAGCCAUCAGGCAAUGGCAUUGGCAAUACGAGUGUGGACCAUUUAUAUGGUUCACAAAAUCAGUCAUCAUCGCACUCGCAUACGCACUCACACUCGCACAGUGGCAAUAAUCACAUACCAGGACCACAAGGUAUACCAAUGAGCACUUACACAUCAGGAAGAGGUCCAAGUAGUUACUAUAUGAAAUAGUAUA